UCCCUCGGAACCGGGGCGCUUUCGGCGGCCUGACCCGCUGCCAGGAGGAGCGGGGAAGGAGGCGCCUGAUCGGGCGGUGCCUGGGGCUGGAGGAAGUUUUGCACUUGAGCUGCAGAGGGGGAGACAGAGAGGAGCGCCUGAGGGCGAGAGCGAGAGCGGAGCGCGGAGAGGAAAGGUUGGAUUCGAACCCAUCCUGCUUCCAGCUCCCUUCGCUCAGCCGCGCAUCAGUUCCUUUCCCCUUCAGCCGCUCCGAUCGCCGGCGGGAUGGGCGGAUCGAGCUCCAGUUUGCUGGACGACAGCAAGUGCACCUACAUCCGAGGAAAGACUGAAGCGGUGAUCAGAAACUUCAGCCCACACUAUAAACGCCAAUAUGCCAUAUCCUUCUGCAAGCACAUUCAGAAUGAGCUGGAACAAAACAGAGAUCUGCAGUCUCAAUUCUUAAAAAUAAAGCCACCUGGAUCAUCCAGCACAGUCCUUUAUGAAGGAGAGGUAUCACAUUUUGCUGAAGACCUGAAGAAAUGGAAAGAGAGAUACAUAGUAAUUAAAAAUAAUUACGCUGUGGAAAGCUUUGAAAGCAAAGAGGCAUUCCAGAAAGGAGUAAGUUCAAAAACUUGCAUUCUCCCUAUUGGAGGCAAAGUGCUAAUUACAGGGGAAGAAUAUAACACACUAUCUGAUAAGCAUUUUCCAGAACCUAAUGGUUCCAGUGAAAAAGAGAAUACCCAGGCCUUUGUUGUCCCUCCAAAGGAAUUUCCAGUCUACCUGUGGCAGCCUUUCCUUAGACAUAGUUAUUACUGUUUUCCGGAUUCAGAAGCUCAGAAGAAAUUCAGCACCAUGUUGAAUGAUUGUAUCAGGCACUUAAAUCAUGAUCCUUUCAAACAGCCUUCCUUUGAAAGUCAAGCAUUUUUAGAAGCUGUCCAGUUUUUCCGUCAGGAGAAAGGUCAUUAUGGACUGUCGGAAAUGAUUAUAGGAAAUGAAAAUCAGAUUCUUAGCAACCUUGUGAUGGAGGAGCUUCUAUCUAGCCUUCAGAGCAUGGUGCUCCCUAAAAUGAAAGGAAAAAGAAAUGACAGAAAGCGGGCAUGGUUUGGUAUUCUAGAAGAAACAUACUAUUUGGUACUUGAUCAGGUAUCAGAAGGUUUACGUGCUCUGAAAGAAGAAUGCAAAGAGGUCACUCUAGGACUAGAGGGAACUAUUCGUUCAAAUAUAGACCAGAUUGUGAAUUCGAAAGACUUUCUGGCUGCGAAAAUAAAUGGGAGCAUAACUGAACCUAUCCAGAUCUGUUGCAGUGAAAGUAUUCAGCCCUUUUUAGCUUCUGUACUAGAGGAACUCAUGGGGCCAGUGAGCUCUGGAUUCACCGAAGUCUGUCUGCUGUUUGAAAAGGAAGUCAAUGCAAUCAGCCAAACCUUUCAAGCAACAAAUGAUGUUGCAACACUAAAUGAGAAUGUGAAUCACCUGAUGAACCUGCCGCACGACUCUGUCAAAAUGGAGCCUUGCUAUCUAAAAGUCAAUUUUCUUCAAGAGCAACUUCAGGAUCUCAAGACCCGCUUCAAAUUCCACAACAUUGACUUGGUUAUUCAGAGGACACAUAAUGUAAUGCAGGAGAUUCUGGAAAAUGCAGUAUAUACAUUUGAGCAGCUACUGGGUUUAAAUCACUCCAAAGACAUCACCAAAAUGUCAACAGCCAUAGAAAAAGUCAAACUUCGUGUUCUUAAGCAAUAUGAUUAUGACAGCAGUACUAUCCGGAAGAGGAUAUUUCAGGAUAUCUUGAUCCAGAUCACUCUGCCCACACUGCAGCGGACAUUGGCUUCAACAUGUAAACCGAUGCUUCAGGAGUAUGAACAGUACAUCUUUGCUGAAUAUAACAGUUUGAUACAAGUUGAAAAUGUCUAUGAAGAAAUAUUGUUUCAAACAUUGCUUGAUGAAUCCUUAAAAGUGAUAAAAGAAGCAGUCCAUCUGAAGAAACAUAAUCUGUAUGAGGAAAUAAACCUGCCUUCUGAAAGCGUGUCCAGUUUGAGUGAUCUAAAAACUCCUGUAGAAUCAGCACAGGCUAGCCCAGCUAGAGGACCAGCCCCCAAUUUGAUGGAUGAAUCAGAUGCUGGCCUUGGAAGUUAUGAAGUUUUCUUAACAGAAAAACUGCAUCAAGAAGAGGAAUGUGAUGAGGCUAGGAAGACAGAAGAAGAGGGGAUAAUAAUUUCAGAUUUUGGUGGCAGUGAAUCUUGUCCAAAAAUACUUACUGUUGUAGAGGGAGUCUUUCCAAUCACAAAUGCCAGUGAAAUCACAAUAAAACAAAAUAAAGGAACAGCAGAAGAAGAAGAGCUUCCAAUUCAUGACGAUGUGAAUGAAAUUAGAAAUUUGUUGACCUUGACUGUUGAACUGAAAGAAUAUGAACAGUCUACAAACAAAGAGCAAGAUUUACAGGAGUGUGGAAUGUCAAACCCAAAGGAAGAAGUACAAGAAAAGAGUAAAGAGGACCAUCAAACAGGUGAUUUGCAGAAGCCCUUUUCUCCCACUGUAAAAGCAGAUGAUACAAAUCUAGUAAGUAGCUCUGGGGAAACAAACAUCAUAAUUCAUCAGGAUGCUUCUGAAACGUCUGAAAAACAGAGUCCCAGUGAUAUCUCAAGAGAAGAGUUGAAUACAGAGCCAAACAUCGCACACCCAGAUGAAAAGAACGAUGGUACAUAUGACCAGUCUCAAACAGCGCCAUCUACUGAAAGCGAUCAAUCUGACCAGAGUAAAAUAGACCCUUCACCCCAUGAUGUUGUGUCUGAAGAACAGAAGUCACAAACAGAGCAUGCUGAAGGUGAACAACCUGACCAGAUAAGAGAAGAAUUUUCCUCUCUCCAUUCUUUUCCAAAAGAAGAUCAUUCUCAAAUGGGACAAUGUAUUAAAGCAGAUUCUCAGGAAGCAGAAUUGUCCCUUCUGCAAUCUGUCCAGAGGGAAACAGAGAUAUCACCCUUCUUGAGCUGUUCUGUUGAAACUCAAGAAUGCAUGUUGCAUACAGAAUCUUUAAACAUUGAGGCACCCCCUCUGCUAGUUUCCUUAGAAGUAAAAGAAACUGAGGUUAACAAUGUGGUAAGCAUGGACUCCGAAAAUGUCACUUUUGAUCAAGGGGGUGAUUCUUAACAAGCAGGUGAGUCCUUGCUGGAAAUGGAUGCUGCAGAUAUAAUUAAAAGUGAUGAAAGUUGAAAAAAAUACUGAGGGCGACUGUUCUGAUUAACCACUUACAAAAUAGAAUUUUGUAAAUUUAAAGCCUGAGCCCAAGUUAUGAUUACUUUCCUUAAAACUAGAAUGGAGAGACUUAUUCAAAAUUCACAACCUACUUGAGAGCCAACUUUUAAUUUGAACCUGUGGCUUCCUGAAAAAUUGUAUUGUUUGAAUAAGACUCUUCUGCCAGUUGCUGCUUCUUGUCACUUACUCAUUCAGAAGUGAAUCAUGAAAGAAUCAUCACUCAAGUGGUGAAGAAUUUUGCAAACUACCAGUUAUAACUUGACAGAAUGUUUAGCUUCUCCUAUUUUUUUGAAAACACAGUUCAUUGGGAAUAUUGAUUGCCCUAUGGACAAUGAGCGAUCUAUUUGUGGAUGAGGUGUCAGUAACUCUCAGUAAAAUUUAGAAGGAAGUGCUAAAAUCAGGUGUUGCAAGAGAGAAAAAAAUAUUGUGUGAUAGAUAAUAAAGAAAAAAGGAAAGCAAAUCUUUAACAGAAGUAAUAGUAAAAUUAUCUUACUGGAAUCUUAUGGAACACAAUUGUACAUAGUGUUUUGAAUUUUCAUAAGUAUAUUAUUGUUUUUGUACUUAAAAGCUUUGGCAGAUAUUUUGAGAAUGGAGAGAACUAAUUUCUCUUCUUUUACCAUUGUUAUUGUUGCUAUAUUUAAAAUUUACCAGAAUAAUUGGAACAGAUUUUUCUAUCCUAUUUUUCUACACCCUCUGCGGAGCACUUUAUACCUGCUUUUUUUCAAAGGGAAUGACAAAUUUUUACUGUAACUUGUGCCAUGCACAAAAAUGAAACAGAAGCAAGCCAGCCAAUAAUUAAUAAUUCAGACCUCAGUAUUGUGGCAGUCCAUUUUCCUAAUAUUGAAUUCUAUUCCUGCACAAGUUCUGCAUCUGUAAGACUAUUUCUUUGUUAUUUAUUUGAGAUCAUUUAUUCUGAUUGUGCUAAUUAAGGAGACAAGAAGUAGUAGUAAGCCAUUGGAUCAGUCCAAAGCUCUUGAACUAAUUUGGCUAGAAGACUGGAAACCAGAAUGUCUUUAAUUGUUCAUGUACAGCAUAGUUGAAUAAUGCCUGCCUAUUUUCCUUUUUAUGUCUACAAACAAGAGGGCUUCAGAUAUUCAGUGACUCUUCCAGAGUAGGACAGGGCAUUUAUAACUCCACUCCUCUGACUCUCAAUUUGAAAAGAGCAUUCUAAGGGCUAAGACUAAUUUUUGUUUACCUGACUAGAAUUAUUUUUUUUCUGACUCGUGUCCUGGAAUAGGAGAAAGGGAAAUCCACUGCAGUAAGACUGGUUGAACUGCUAGCAGAUGGCCACAAAGUACAGUGUUUAAAAUUGAGAGCAAAGGCAAAUAAGUUAAUUAAUUUAUUAAAAGUAAGUGCCACAAUCUGAAUAACUAAUCACAUAUUGUAAAACAAUUUUAAAAGUUUGCAAUUAGCUGCAUUAGCAGAUUCCAGAGCAGCUGCAGAUAAUAUUAACCACAAAAUAAUAAAUUUGGCACUCAUUUUGGGCAGGAAGAGAACUCUCCAGCUAGAGCAGAGAACAACUACUAUGCUUUUGGCUGCUUGAAAACGUUCCCACAAAAUUACUAUUUAAAUUUACUAACUCAUUGCUCAGAUUUCAUCAUCCUGUUUUCUAACUGCUGUUCACAAUCCUGAGAACUAAAAUAUUUUUAGAUUAUAAUUCUUUGAACUCUAAACUGCACAAAUACCUUUUAAUUGCAUAGGCAAUUAUUUUGAUGAUAAGCCAUCAUUCUAUUUCAGUUCAGUGCAUGAAAUAAAAAAAACAUUAAAUAAAUUUGCAUAAUUACAUCUCUUUUUUUAACAUGUUGGAAUAAUUGAUAGCAUGUUCUGUCAGUUAUACAUUUAGCAUCCUAUAUCCCAGAGGUGUUAUAAACUGAAAAGAAUAUUUAUGGCUACAUUUCUCCAUUUCCUAUAGAUCCAGAACAGUAAAAUAUGUCGCCUUGCUGUUAGUCGUGCAACAGAAAAAAGCGCACUUAGGAUUUGAUCUGUACAACAAUAGAGCUUCACUGUGCAUGCUGGGAAAAAAGUUGAAUGAUGGCAGAUUAGCAAAAUAAUAGAAACAAUUAGUCACCAGUUAGUUCUACACUUGUCACAGGCAGCACUUACCACUCUCAACUGAUUUCUCAUUAUUUGACAACUGGGAAAAGGCAAAGAGGGCAGAUUUAGCCCUAAAGUCUCUAGUUGCUAAUCUUUGUCAUAGUUACAUUACAAUGUGAAUUAAUUUGAGAUUUUAAAUAUUUAAUUCCUGCUAUUAGUGUUGCUUCAGAAAUAAUGUCUGUCAAGCAUCAGGAACAUUCAUAGUAACAGCCACUGCUUCAAAAUGGGAAGAGGUACAACUACCGUAGGUAAUCAAAACCCUGCCCUCUUCUACCUGUGUGCAGUGCAUGCAACACAUAUUCAAUUCAACCUUUAUUGUCAAUGCACAACAUGUGUACAAUGAGAUUGGCUGAGCCUCCCUUCGUGCACUCCCCCAACAUAAAUACAUAUCAAUAACUCACAGUGAAAGAAAGAAAAUCCCUAAUCCAAUAAAUCAUACUAACAACACACAAUCCUCUAUCUAUACAUAUAUGUGCAUAAUAUUACAUCAUAAUAUAUUGCACCACUAUGAAAAUGUUGUGCUGGCCCUGCAAGUCUAUCAUACUACAUAUUUAUGAUGUUAUGUUGCAUUCAGGAGUCUGACAGGCCACGGAUAAAAACAUAUGAAAACAGCGCAAGAUUUUCAUUGGCUGGUUGCACUUGCCAUUUUCAGGUAUUGCCAUUUUAAUUCUCACAGUAUAAGUUUAAAAAAGAAUUAAAAGGUACUAAUGCAGCAAAAUAUUAUAGCUGAAUAGUUAUCUAUACACAAUACCAGUUAUCUCCUGUCUCUUUGCAAUACAAUAUAUAGAAUUACAUUUAUUCCAGUCUUUUAGUAUUUGUCCUUGAAUAGGAAACAUAUCCUCACAUCUAGAUAUUCAAGUCUUUUUCGAUUGUUUGUUUUUAAAAAGAAUGCUUAGACUGAAUAUAUUCCUAUGUUGGAAGUAAACAUUUAAUCAAAGCAUUAGAGUAAAGGACAUAAUAAAACUUGUUUUUUUAAAAAAAGAGUUAGGAUAUGGACUCAAGUAAAUGCCAGCAUUUUGGACAAUUAUCAUGAGUAAUCAGAGAUUAUAGGAGUUAUUGUCCAAACUGUUUGGAGAGUACUGCCUAACAACAUAGGAAGAUUCUAUUUAGGUAUAGAUUCUAUAUUGAUAUUAACCAUAUAUGCCAAAACCACUUUGGAAGAAAUAUUGCAGAGCUUGUGUGAGUAGAAAUACAGUUCCUCUCUGUUUCCGCUUAAAACUUUCAUAUCUUUUUCUCAGAUUUCUGAAAGUCUGAAAAAGACACCACUGCUUUAAGUCAUGUAAGUUGACUCAUUAAAGCAGCUGCAUCUUUUUUUUAAGGCUCACCUGAGGUUGAAAAAAGGAAUGGUGGCAGUAAUUAAUAGUAGCGGUACGAUGAACAUUCCUUCUGAAUUGUUUUCAAAGUUUGCAUAGCCAUAGCCUGUACAUGAUGAACCAGUAUUUAGCAUCCUGAUAUUUCAGAAAAUGAUCUUCUACAACUAUUAAUUACUGCCACUAUUCAUUUUUUCCAAGCUCAUAGGUGAGCCUAAAAAAACAUGCAGCUGCUUUAAUGAGUCAACUUGCAUGACUCUUAAAGCAGUGGUGAAUAUUAUUUCAGAAAUAGAGCAUCUUUAUGAUGUUCUAAGAAACUUGGCAUUUAUACUGAAAAUAAUAAUCUAUGUUGUGCUCCUAUUCUCACAAUAUGCUUUCAUAUGUUUCCUAACCUCCAUUCUAUAGUAUUUGACGUAGAAGCAGAUCUUUGUUUAUUGAAUAUAACAUGAGAUCUUAAGAAAGAUGUGUUGGAUCUUUAUAUUUUUUAAAAAAUGACUUGGUACAGGUGCAAUGGAGCAUGGACAGGCAUAACACCUCUUUCAAGCAGCAAGCUUUUUUUCAGGUUUCCAUAGGAGGCUGAAAAAUAAUUUAGCUGUUCUAGAGCAAUGCUGUGCUUAUGCUUCCCUAUCUACCAAAAUAUAUUUUCUGCGUUAUUUUUAAAGCAUGUCCAGCUCUAGUAGAUUUCAUAAAAUGGAGAUAAAAUUAAUGCAAGUCUACCAUUUUCUUUCAAAAAUUGACUAUGUGCUUAUGAUUAAUAAUACAUACUUGUUUCCUUAAACAAGGGAUCUAAAUAUUUACUUAUCAUUAAAUCUGAAUUAUUUUUAUUUUGUAAUAGUUCCAAUUGCUCGCAGUUGAGCCUUAAGAGGAUAUAUUUAGGAUUAUAGUCUUAAAAUAAGCAUAUUCCUUUUUUCUCAUUUUGAAGAUUUGAGUAUUUAAUAGGAAAUAAUCUUUUUAGAAAGUUUCUUCUCUUGAGACUUUUUAAAAUUAGAUAUAAUUUUAUCUAUUAGAUCUAAUUUCAUAUGUUGAUGAUUUUUUUCCUAUGCAUAGAAUGUUCCAGAUAUCAUUUAACAUUCUUUAUGUGUACAUAUUUCAUUUGAAUAAUCAACUUGACUAAAAGAACUACAAACACAAUGUAAUGUGGUUAACUUUAUUCAACUGCACGUUUACAAAUAAAAUAUUAAUCUUU